UCGACACGAUUAAGGUCCGGUUGCAGACGACGGAUAAGAGUCAUUUUCGAGGGCCGGUGGAUUGCUUGCUGCAGACGUUGAGGAAUGAGGGCGUUAGGGGGAUAUAUAAGGGCGCGACCCCGCCGCUCGUGGGAUGGAUGUGAGUGCUUGCUGUCGUGGAUAUGGAGACCUGUACUUGGGACUGAGCUUUUGCAGGUUCAUGGACUCGAUUAUGCUGGGUUCCCUGAGUGUAUACCGGAGACUGCUCAACGAGAAUGUGUUCCAUCCCAGAAGAGUCGGAGACGGCAGGGAACGGCCCAAACUUCCAACCGUCGGCCACGCAGUGGCGGGAAUGAUGGCAGGCUGGACCGUGUCAUUCGUCGCCGCGCCCGUGGAGCACAUAAAAGCGCGUCUGCAAGUGCAAUACGCAGCGGAGAAGUCGAAGCGGUUAUACAGCGGUCCCAUCGACUGCCUCAGGAAAAUCGUACGUCCCUCCGCUAACCUUUCAUUCUUUUUUUCCUGUCUAACAGCUCCGCAGUACAAAUCCCACGGCAUCCGCGGCAUCUACCACGGUCUCCUCUCCACCCUCCUCUUCCGCUCCUUCUUCUGCUUCUGGUGGGGCACCUACGACCUCUUCACCCGCGCCCUCCAGUCCCACACCUCGCUGUCCGCCCCCGCCAUCAAUUUCUGGGCUGGCGGACUCAGCGCCCAGGUCUUCUGGAUCACGUCGUACCCGUCCGACGUCGUCAAGCAGCGCAUCAUGACCGAUUCGCUCGGUGCCGACAGGAGGUUCCCGAGGUGGAGGGAUGCGGUGAGGGCGGUGUAUCGAGAGGCGGGUUGGAGGGGGUAUUGGAGGGGUUUUGUGCCGUGCUUUUUGAGGGCGUUCCCUGCGAAUGCGAUGGCGCUUGUGGCGUUUGAGGGGGUGUUGAGGGCGUUGCCGGAGUAGGAGGAGGGAGGGUCAGGAUAAGAUGUCGAUACCCUCGGUUAGGGGUAUAUGUGCGAUGGCGGGCUUGUUUCACCCAUUUGCCACCGGUAUGAAAAGGGUUAACAUCGUUUGUUGAGCGGAAAUGGGACCCUCGCCUCCGGACAUACCUAGGUAUCCUCAAGCACUUCCAAAUGAUCUCCGACUAUUACCUCUACUAUACCUACCUCCCCGGACCUCCUUUCUGGAAUAACGAAUACCAAUCCGCACGUGGGCAGCAAAACUCUGCCUUUACAUGGGCCCCAUGGUAAGCACUAAGCAAAACCCAG